GUUUUCUAGUGGACUGAGUUUGAGCUCCUCUGUGGAAGGCUGAAGAUUGUUCAACGAUGGCCUUUCUUCUGCAGUCGUCUCUUUGGUGGCUUCUUUUCUUCCCUAUUUUGGUCCCUUUCUGAUUUUGUUAGCUGCAUCUCUUCUAGAUAUAUACCUGCUUCUGUUUGAGAUGAUGGCUUCUAUUUCCUGUGAACUCAGUUUUGGAAUAGGAACUUAGAUGGUGCAAGGGUGAACUCUUAUUUCGACUUUUUGGUGGAACUCAUUAUGAAUGAAUCUGGAGCUUCGUGUUUGGAGGAUUCGAGUGCAAACCUUGGAUUGUUACCUCUCUGUUGGUUAAUAUUUAUCCACUAUAAAUCUCGAAGAUCGAAUAGAUGGGUUCGGGGUUAGUGUGUUUCUUCAGUGAGGCAAGGUAACGUUGAACUUCGUCUGAAAGUCUUUUCAUUUUGGUUAUGGAAAUGUUUUGCUUUGGAUACUCUUCUACAGUUCAGCCUAGUGAUUGGUUGGCUUUGAGAGAAGAAAGCUUCGGGUUCCUCACUGGUUGCUGCAAGGAGUUGUAUCAGUCUUGACGGUUUUCUCUGCCUCUUCCUUUGUUACCUGUUUUGUUACUACUUUUCUUGGUCCUUAAUUCGUUGAUAGAUGAUAUGGGUAACCCUUGUUUUGCUGCUCUCUGAAGGUUAAUAUAUAAUCUCCUAAAGGUCUUGAGGAACCAAAUAUAUUAUGGACUUUGUUUUUUUGCUCCAGUUAGUCAAGAACAUAGUCUCUGGUUAGCUUAACUUCGGAUUAUCAUUCCUCAUCCUCUUUCCUUGCUCUGGACGCUCUUCUGUUGUAGUCUGCGGUGAUUUGAUGGCCAGGAUGGUUGACGCUCAGAUACUGGUGGCUUUUGAUUCUGUGUGUCGACUUACUUGAAGAUUUUUCCUCUGCGGAUCGGAUGAAGCUGUUUUCUUGUUCACUGCAUGGUUUCAUCACUUGCGUCGUUUUUGGUUGAUGGUAGCAGCAGGACAUCUGAAUCUCGGCCUUUGUCAAACUUUGGUCGAAAAUGUGUUUAGCGACUGUUGUGAGGGAUGUGUGUACGGUGUGGAACUCAUGUACUUGUGCAGAUUUUUAAUCCAUUCCCUUACACUGCGCUUUGUUUCAACGGUGUGCCACGAGACCUUUUUUGGUGUUUUCCAGUCGCAGAGCUUUGCCCACCAGACCGAGAUUGUAGUUCUGAUGGAGAAGGGUUGCUAUGGGUUCGUGACUUGAUGCAAGAUAUGAGACAGUCUUUCUCCUCCAAUAUGGUAAACAAAGAAAUCUUUCGUGAGCCCAGUCUUGUAUCUCAUGUUUGCAUAUCAACAUUUAAAAUGCAACUUCUUUACCAAUACCAGCAAUGGAGCGAGAUCAGAACAAGAAUACUAGCUGGAUGAUCUUGACUGCCUCGGUUAUAUACUACUAGCUUUCUAGUUGAUCUCAGCCUCUCUCACAGCUCAAUAUAAACAGUUUGGAAAGGAAGUCAAGGUACGAUUUCGAUGCAGUUCUAUCUCAAGGAGAGUUUCAUGUUUCUCCUCUUGAAUGAAUACUGAUGAUAGCUUUUUCCUUUUCUCUUUGGUAUUAUGGUGCGGUAGAGCCUUGGAAACUUACGGAGCCUAAAUUUCACAAGCUGCAAGAACCUGAUCGAGUUUCCAGACCUUUCCAAGGCGACCAAUCUUGUGAUAAACAUGGUGGAGAGUGCCGACUCUCAGCCAACUCGUCCACCUAAAGCUGAGCCAAGGAACAGUCCCUACACAUUGGGACAUAUUUUUUGUGAACUCUUGAGGUUUCUGUAAGCCUAGAAGUGUUAUGUAAUGCUAGGCUUUGUUGAAGUAACACAAAAUCAGUCAAUAAAAUAAAGUAUCAUAUCCUUUUGGUUUCAAUUAUAAAUGUAAUCUUCUUAUCUGAAAUUGUAGUGGAAGAAGAAGUUAAAAAAAAAAAAAAAAAGGUAAAAAAGUCGACCACGGUGGGACUCGAACCCACAAUCUCCCGCUCCGGAGGCGAGCGCCUUAUCCAUUAGGCCACGCGGCCAUGUUGUUAUUAACUCUUCCCCUACAAGACUGACUUUUACGGAAAUCGUCACUGCAGUUACCAUCUAUAAAAUUUAAUGUUUCGAGAUUUCUGUUUCAGGAUGAUAAACAAUUUAAUGUUUCGAGAUUUCUGUUUCAGGAAGAUAAACAAUUUCUAGUUCACUGAUAUUAUUCAAAACAGAACACAGAAUAAUUGUAUGUUUGAUAGCCUCAAACCAAUUCCUCAAAGGUAACAAUACAUCAUAAAUUGUAUCCGUGGAAGUGGCUUGUAAUCUAGUUACUAGGGGACUUUCAUGAGGAACAUUCAUCACCUUCUAUAGGUGAUAAGAGUCCUUUCAAGGUUACCUGUGGAAAAGGAAUACAUUUGCUUCCAGGGAAUAUGACCGCUUCUUAUUCCCUUACGGGGUUCUGGAGCAGUACCGUCAAACCUGUGGCAAAAGCGUAAAU